AUGAGUUGGCCGAAUGCAGAGGAGGUUUUCAACUUUGUGAGAAUUGUGGAGCCUGUUGUAUCGCUGGUUACGUUAGCGCUUAGUGUAUAUGGCGCUUGCAAAAUUUACAAUGUCUCGACGAUCAAUGGGAAUUUGAAGGUUAUUUUUGUAAGUUUUUUUUGAGAUGAACCUACAGAAGAGCCUUUCAGCGACAAUUUUUUUAUACGAAGUCUGUCUAUAACAAACGUUUUCCGAGGUCAAAAUUGAUCAGUGAAUCUUUCACCGAAACCCUGAAAUUUCUCGUUUACAGAUCACAACAGCGGCACUUUGUCUCUACUUGUCGAUAGCUCAUUCCAUCUACAAUUUCAUACCUCGGGAAUACUAUCAAACUUCCAGCGGCGACUACGGCCGUGCCUAUUUAUUGCAUGGAUUUGCGGGAACCAUUCAUUUUCUGAUUAUCGUUGUGGAAUUUAAAUAUUUGUUGAUUGCUAUAGAGAGGCUUUACGCAUACAGAGUAAGAGGAAGAUACGAAGAAUUCGGACAUGGAUUUUCCUUUCGACUGCUUGUGAUGGCGGUAAGGGCUUGAGAGUUAGCGAACUAUAAUGUAAAUUCUAUUACAGUAUAAUACCUCUUUUUGUCUUUAAAAGCGUCAAAUUUCUCAAUUACCUUGCUUUUUUUAAACUUAAAAGUUUGAUUUAUAAACCUUCCAGUUCCUCGCUUCACUGUGUAUACUGUCGUUUCGAAUGCGCGCUGCCUGGAUUGAAUACGACUACCUGCCGAUAGACGAAAGGCUGAUCAAGACGAUCCAUCCCCACUCGACACUCUGGGGGCACUUUUCGUGCUUCUUUCUUCUCUCCUCCGUUAUCACAGCCAUUGCUGCCAUGGUAAGUAACGUGAAUAAUUUAUAAGCAGUUGCGUCAAAUUUCAUUUCCGUAAGGUUUGUUUUAAAAUGAAUUUAAUAAUUUUCAGAUUUUUUACUGCCUACAUGUAACAAUAAAACGGGAUGAAAUCAUUUACUACCCGCUCCACGUGAGGUAUGAGAUUGAGCAAACAAAGUACGUGCUCAAGUACAUCUUGAGCCUUCUCUCAUUGGCCACUAUUCUGCUGGUUUGCUGUGUUCUGUAUUACGCCGUUAUAUUCUACUUGGUUCGUUGGAAAAAAGUGGAUGAGGACGGAUUUGAAGUGAAGAGUUUGGUUGCUGUAGGUGGAUUUGUUGCAUGAUUAUAUUAAAAAAUGCUUUGUUUUGAAGGCGCAACCGAGAUUUUGAGGGUUCUUGGCAGUGGGGAGUGGUCUCAGAGAGAAUCGAUUUUUUUGUCAUAUCUGCCAAACAACACACUGAUUUUGUUGUCAAUACUCGGAAAAGUGUCGAAUUUUUGCCAAAGUUUAGCAUAAAACUUACCGUUGUUUCUGAAGAACGCAAGGCAGUAAUUUUGCACAUGUCUUACCAAGCCUAACUGCAAACCUUUGCCAAGUUUUAUAAAAUUAUAAACGUCUCACAUCGCGCUUCUAUCUACAAAAUAAUUGAAAAAUUCUAGUUGAUCAUGGUUUCCUUAUGCAUUUACAACUUCACAUGCAUGCUUUAUAUGGUCAGAGAGUUCCCUCAACUUCAAAAAGCAGUCAGAAAAGACCUUCCAUUCCUUCAUCGACACAUCCUCGAGGAUCGGCCACACCGAGUAGUGCCUGCAGAUGAGGCUGACGCCUAUUUCAAACAACUUUCUCAUCAUUGGGCGUAA